AUGGUUUGUACUACAGACUGCAUUGAAAAACCGAUACGGUUUUGUUUAGAAAAAGUUGGUAGGUUUAUUGCACUUCAUCCGUGGUGGUUCGUCGCCAUUCCGCUCUCAUUGUCCGCGGCUUUUGGAGGUGGCUUCUAUUUUUUGGAUGACAGAAAAUCCAACGACAUCGUGCAACAAUUCACGCCAAUCGACGGACGCGGAAAGACAGAGAAGCGCUUCUAUGAAACCUUUUUCCCGCCCAGUAAAGAAAUGUUUUCCAGUCAGCGACUGAACUCCGAUGGAGUCUACGCAGCUUUGAUAUUCACCUGUCAGACAAACAUACUCACUGUCGCUGCGAUUGACGAAAUAUUGCGCAUGGACCGCAAAGUGAGGCGAAUGACCGCUCGGCAUGGCGCAGCACAGUUUCUGUACGAUGAUAUUUGUGCUAGAGUAAACAAAUCUUGUAAUCGCAAUUUGCUGCUCCAUAUCUUGGACUACAAUGCGACAAACAUCAAGACGGUUAACCUCACGUUCCCUGUCCAUCACCACUUCCAACUCGGUCUUAUACCCCUAGAUAAUUUUAUUGGGAAGGUGGAGGUUGACAGAAGUGAUGUUGUUCAGAGUGCCAAGGCAAUGAGACUGUUUUAUUAUCUACAAGAAGUAAACGGAACGCUAGAAAAUGCUUGGUUGACCGAAUUUGUUCGUUUGCUGAUCAACUCGUCCACUGCUUUCACACAGGUAUCCUAUUUUACGUCUAUGUCACGGCAGCAGGAGUUUGAGAAAAGUACAAAGUCUGUCACACAUCUUUUUGCACUCACCUAUUUUAUUACCAUUGUCUUCUCAGUUCUGUCAUGUAUAAGACUUGACAACGUGCGCAAUAAAGUGUGGGUAGCUUCACUCGGCGUGAUUUCAGCUGGUCUCGCGGUGCUUUCCAGCUUUGGGCUCCUCUUACUUCUCAAUGUCCAGUUUGUAAUCACUGUGGCAUCGUCUCCAUUCCUGAUACUCGGGAUUGGCAUUGAUGAUAUGUUCAUCAUGAUCUCCUGCUGGCAACAGACCAAUGUCCAAGACAGUGUAGCAGACCGCAUGGCUCAGACGUACAGGGAAGCAGCCAUCUCAAUCACAGUCACCACCCUGACUGAUGUGUUGGCCUUUUACCUCAGUUACAGCAACCCUUUCCGCUCGGUUCAGUCCUUCUGCUUAUAUGCUGGCACUGCCAUCUUGUUCUGUUACCUCUACAACAUCACCUUCUUUGGGGCUUGUUUGGCUCUAAAUGGGAAGAGAGAGGAAGGCAACCGACACUGGUUGACGUGCAUAGAGGUUCCAGAAGAAUGUCCACCAGAAGCUCAAAAAGGCUAUGCUGCAUGCUGUGUGGGAGGAGCUUACAGCCGUGAAACCAGAACGGAGGAGGAACAUCCAAUGAACGUGUUCUUCAGGAAGCACUAUGGACCAUGUCUGACCACAGUCUGGACCAAAGCGUUGGUAACUGUUCUUUACAUUGCAUAUAUUUCCCUCAGCAUCUAUGGAUGCACUAGAAUCAAAGAAGGUAUUGAACUCAAGAAUCUGGCAGUUGAUCAGUCUUACAUAGUCAAAUACUAUGAAGAUGAAAAUAUGUACUUUUCUGAUUUUGGCCCAAAUGUCAUGUUGGCUGUGAACGGUUCAUUUCAGUAUUGGGAGGAAGCUGAACGAGCUCAACUUGAAUCUUGCUUUGCGGACUUUAUAGGUCUUCCUUUCGUCAGUAAUUUGUCUACCUCUUGGCUUCACUCCUUUGAGCAGUAUGCAAAAGAAAACAGCAUCAGCAUCGGCUCAGAAGUCGCAUUUAAGGAACACCUGCAUCCUUUUCUACAACAUCAUCCAAUGCUCAGACAGGACAUUAGCAUCACCAAUGGUUCCAUACAUGCUUCUCGUGUGUUUCUUCAGACAGUCAGAGUUUUACAUAAGGAGAAAACAAUGCUGGAAUUAAUGAGAAAAGCAGCACAUCACUGCCGCUUUCCUCUAGUAGUCUACCAUCCAGCAUUCAUAUACUAUGACCAGUAUACUGUGAUUGCAGACAACACCAUUCAGACUGUUAGCAUUGCUACUGUGGUAAUGCUGCUCCUCUCCCUGGCACUCAUCCCCAAUCCUGUGUGUGCCUUGUGGGUCACAUUCGCCAUCACUUCCAUCAUCGUGGGGGUGGCAGGCUUCAUGGCGUUGCUAGGCAUCAACUUGGAUUCCAUCUCAGCCAUCAACCUGGUCAUUAGUAUUGGGUUCUCCGUGGACUUCUCUGCACACGUCUCCUACAUGUUCGCAUCUAGCAGUAAGGCCAGUGGUGAGGAGAAGGUCGUGGAGGUACUGUCACAUCUAGGCUAUCCCAUACUGCAGGGAGCGCUGUCCACCAUGCUGGGGGUGGUAGCACUCUCUGCAUCUGCAAGUUACAUCUUCAGAACCUUUUUCACAAUCAUGUUUCUGGUUAUUUCAUUUGGGCUACUUCAUGGCAUUGCUUUUAUCCCAGUAUUUUUAACCUUUUCUGGAUUUUUUCAGAAGUGA